UUUCUAGUCGGACAGAGCUAUCGUAGCCUCAACUGUCGUUAGACGCAUACUAUUCAGCGUAAUUUAACAACGACAGAUAAAAAAAAAUCAAGAAAGAAAACAAAAUUAUUUUUUUUGGGAAUACCUUCACACAAAUCGAAAACACCUAUAAAAAAAACAGCACUGAAAUUUCUUAAAACAAAAUUUCAGUUAUUGGUAGCGCUUUAUCCUCCCCCCCCUAGUUGGACAUCUUUAUAGUUAGUGGAACGAUAUGUCUGAGAUGCAAGCAUCCCUGCUCCUUAGACGCCAAUUGACUGAGCUGCAACGUCAUCCUGUCGAGGGUUUCUCUGCUGGUCUGGUCAGCGAUGUGGAUAUAUUUAAAUGGGAAGUGGUUAUAAUUGGACCUCCUGAUACAUUGUACGAGGGCGGUUGCUUUAAGGCGCAUUUAACUUUUCCCAAGGAAUAUCCGUUGCGUCCGCCACGUAUGAAAUUCAUAACGGAAAUUUGGCACCCAAAUAUUGAUAAAUCGGGCGAUGUCUGUAUAUCGAUACUGCACGAACCUGGCGAUGAUAAAUGGGGCUACGAGAAGGCCGAAGAGAGAUGGUUACCAGUUCAUACGGUCGAGACAAUCUUGCUAUCGGUCAUAUCGAUGCUAACCGAUCCCAAUGAUGAGUCUGCUGCCAAUGUGGAUGCUGCCAAAGAAUGGCGGGAGGAUUACAAGGAAUUCAAGCGCAAGGUAACCCGUUGUGUGCGUCGCAGUCAGGAGGAGGUCUAACCACGAUGAAAAGUAAUGCCAUCUCUCACUCGCACUGACGACAUGCAAAUUUCAACAAUAAAAUUAUCGAACAUUUAACCAAAA